AAAGAGUGUGGUAAUAUCGAGGCUCAGCCGUGUGAUUUGGACAGCACCAAUAGUUUUUACGACCUUGGGGGGACAACCUCGAGUGCAGGAUGAACAUCUCAGUCCUGGAGCACGGGGAGGUGCCGGAGCCGCAGUGCGUGUGUGUCUCUCAGGAGGCGGUGUGCGGGUCAGACGGCAGGACCUACGAGAACGUCUGUAAAUUUAAAGAAGCGGCACUCGGGCAGACGAGCGUUAUCAGCACCGGGCCAUGUUUAACAGUGCCACGUAUAGAGCAUCCACUCCAGGACCAUGUUAACAUGACGGGCAAUGACAUCAUCUUCCUGUGUGAAGUCUUUGCGUUUCCCAUGGCGAUGAUAGAAUGGAGAAAGGAUGGCGACGACAGCAGUCUCCCUGGCGAUGAUCCUCAUAUCUCUGUGCAGUUCAGAGGAGGUCCCAUGAAGUACGAGCAGUCAAGCUGGCGGCAAAUCGAAAGAGUGAGAAAAGAAGACACGGGCACUUACCACUGUGUGGCGCAUAACAGACCGGCGCUCGGUAACAGCCUCGGCUGUGCUGGCAGUCCUUGAGGAAGAUGUUGCUUCUUCUAUUUCACCUGCAAAUACGACAGAAGCGGUCAUCUCUGAGCACACAGAAGAUUACUAUGAUUAUUAGUCUAUUAACGAAGAGCGAGACUCAGCUACCAACCCUUCCUCCUUUCAACUUCAGUCAUUGGAAUUUAAUUAGCAGAUGAUUCUAGUUGAAAGCCAUUGACUGAAGAAACAUAGGUUAGCUCAGCUUACAGAUAUAAGAGCCAGAGCUAUCUGGUGAUAAGAAAUAAUCCCACAACAUUUAAGUAAUAUUGUAGUAAGAAACACUGAGAUUGUAUAAGUUAAGGGGACAGGAAAAAAAAAAUCGUUAAAGUAGUGCUCUUUGUAUGCCACAGCUAUAGGAAUGAAACAAUACAUACAAGUCUGUUUAGUGUACUGCUGUCGGGAACGCGUCCUACGCACAACGCCAGUAUGGACACCAUUUGAAUGAUUACAACAGUGGUGCUUUUUAGAUCGCCCAUUGUUUUGAUCAGUUGAGUACACCCUGAUAUAUUUUGUGGGGGAAAUAAUGUUGGGGUGUGGGAUGUUUGGAACCCACAACCCUGUACUGAAAAUACAGCUGAACUAAAUGUGCUUUUUACGCCUUUUUUGAUAUGUUGGAUUUGACAUCCAGUCAUCUCGUUGGCACCGGGAGAAAUCUGGCAACCUGCUGACACUCAACAGCACAUGUUUUUAAUAUGCUCUUCUGAAAGUUUCUGAACGCUCGGAAUGCUGUCAAAAGUAUAAAGGAAAAAAAAAUCUGCUUCCCAUUAUGGGAACGGCAAUUACUCAUGGCUUCAGCUGACAGAAAUAAAAG